GGAAUAAUUCUUGUUUUAAUUAAAAGAUUUGAAUAUGUACUUAAUUAUUUACGUAAUGGAUACAUUGCUAAUGGAGAUAAUGAGGGAGAUGAACUUUUUGAAAUGUUAGAGAAAGAGGCACAAUAUUUUGGUAUAAGUGAAAUGGCUAAUUUAUGUCGUUCUAUGCAAGAGCCUUUAGCAGUAAAGGAUUGUGUCCAUUGGAGAAAAGAUGCUAUUCCUCAUUAUUGGAAGAUUUUUCUUAAAUGUGUUAUUGACCGUUCUUUAAUUAUUCCUUUUACAUAUGAGAGGAAUAGGUGUUUUUUCUGUGCAAAAUGUAUUGCUUGUGAAGCCGAUUUUGAUCCAAAAUGUUCAAACAUUUAUUCUUUUAACGUUGAUGAUUGGAGUGCUUUGGGACAUCAUAUGGGACAAAUGUGUGGACGGGUGGAAAAAUUAUUAGGCCAAACUUGUGUUUUAGUUAAAUGGGAUAAUGGAGUUACUAUACAUUUACCUAAUUCUGCUUUGAAACGAGCAAUUCCAAUUGGUGGGGGUAGAAUGGUUUUAGCAACACAAAAAACUAUUGGAGGGGGAACGAGUAUUGAUAAAUAA